ACUAUAGAGAAGAGGACGGAACCGACAGUACAGUAGCAUCGGGGCGUCGAGACGCCGUUUUUCAGUGCGUGCACGUACACGCAUACCCAUACUACAGUAGACUGUAGUCGCCGUCGUCUCUCUCUUCCUGCAGGCUUGCAUCGAGCGAUAGAGAACGCGUGGAACACACACACACACACAGUAGUCGCGCGAAAGAGAGAAAACACGGUGCUGCGCGUUUUACGGAGAAAGAGGAGACGGUUAUUCGAAGAGAAAGAGAGAACGUUAACACGCACGCCAUUGCGCGCGUGCUAAUGCAUGUGCGAAGAAGACGCGCACCGAUGGACGAGUGAUCGGGGCGCCAAUGCACACUUGCACCAGCUCCUGGUGCUCCGUUGCUGCGCUCGAAAUCUGGGAGCUGAAGAGGUGCUGCGACUGAAAUACACACACUCCGCACGUAGGCCGUGUAUAUACUCUUUUGCUCCCUCGUCGUCUGUGCUCCAGUUUCCGUGAUUAUUUAGUUCGAUCGCCACAGGUUUAUACAUAGAUUUUACCUUAGCCCUCCGAUGCCUGUGCAGUCUGCGACCGUACCUACGCGCGACUCUGCGUGUACGAAUCAGGAAUAAGGAGGCGCAAUAUACAACCGAGAGGUUAUAGCCAGCCAGUAAACAGGAAGAGAAAAGUGCAGUGGGACUGUGAAAACAAGAAAACAACUCCUUCGAAGAGAGAGUACCACCUCAGCAUGAGUGGAGGCCAGAGUGGAGCGAUGUCUUUGGCUAAUCCAUCAGCUAUCCACCUUGGCCAAAUACUGGCCCCAGGUAGCAACGAGACCAUUUCCAUAGUCAUUCCACUCUCUGCUCAGCUGGCUACUCUGUCGAGAAAUGCUGCUGUGCAACAGCAGCAGCAGGUGGUGUGCAAACAGGAACCCAUCGAUCAUGCGGACAAGAAAGCACCGUCGCCUAAACGACCUAAGACUAAUCCUCCCCGAAUAAAAGAGGAUAAAACCAAAGGUUGUCCCUAUCCCAACUGCAGUAGAUAUGGAAGGGCAUUUUCAAGGGCUCAUGACUUGAAGCGACAUAUAGCCAGACACGAAUCAAGGGAAAACAAAACAGAGGCACCACAUCAGCAAAUUUACCCAUGCUUAAUCUGUGGUGCUCACUUUUACAACGAACAGAUACUGCAGAGGCACAAGGCCAUUCACGAAAAUGGCGCCAAUUCGAUAACGUCUACAAGUGGACCUCCAUACACUUGUAACUUCUGCAAGAAAACAUUUGAACACGAGAGCCUUCUCAAUGCCCACCUACCUACACACAUAAAGAGCGAGCCUUUCCUCUCGUUUCAGCACUCGACGGGUAUCCCGUUGACGUCGCGCUACCAACCGCCAAACGGUCCACCCGCAACCUUGCCACCGCCUCCGCCGGGGAUAGUGAUGCCUGGAGUAUCGGCCUCAUCAUUAGGCUCCUCUGACGACGACUACCGUCUCGAAGAUAUGCUACUGCUGCGUAAAAACGCUCCAAACCCUCACAAGACGCCGAGUCACCUUGGCAGUGGUGCAUCGGCUUCCUCUUCGUCUUCGUCGUCGCCCUCGUCCAGUGCGACCUCCAAGAUUCGCUGCGAGUACUGUAGCAAGACAUUUAAGACUAAGUGGACAUUGAGCUCACACGUGGCCGCGCACGAAGGCCGCUUCCAAUACCAGUGCUGCAUCUGCAAUAAGCGCUUUGUGAGGAAGAGCCAUUACGAGAGCCACGUCCGAUCGCACGAUGCCGCCAGACCGUACGUCUGCGAACACUGUGGAAAAACUUUCAAAGAGAGUAAGCAUCGGAGGGAGCAUUUAAAACGAAAGCACCCGAGUAAUAGAAAUGCCAUACAGUCGUUAUUGGAUAGCAUCAGUGCUUGCGUGAACGAGGAAGCCGCCGCUGCAGCGGCUGAGCAGGCGAAGCUCACCAUACUUAUGCCGAUGAAUUUCAGCACUUAGAAUAAUAGAAGAUUCUUCAUUUUAUGGAUUUUUCUACUAUAAAGAAGAGGUGUUUCAGCAUCCAAAAUGCCAAAGAUCUUAAAGAAGCCAUGGACAAGCGCUUCGACAGGAGUUUGGAAAGAAGAAUGCCUCGAUAUAACAAAUACAAAUUGUUAAACCUGAUACCCCGUUUUAUGAGAAAGAUUUUGAAAAAGGUGAUUCGAAGUGUUAUAUUUUAAUAAAUGUACUUAAUGAAGAGAUUACUUUCUUAUGGUCAAUUUUUGUGUGAUUGAGAAAUAACAUCACGUACAAAAAUUAUUUUACGUACCAGUACGCAAAUUAUAUUGUUUGAUAUAGUUGUAUGAUAUGUCAAGUCCUUUGAAACAAAAUAUAAGAGAAUGUCAAUAAAAAUGUUUACUCUUUUCGAA